CCAACAUUUCCAUUGCACACCCGACAACCACACUCUCCCACUUUGAAGCCGCUACUCCUUUAACAGAAAUCUGCCCAUUUAGCGGAGGUACGGCAGGAGAGACUCCUUCCCCUGAUACCCUCGCCGAAGUCCUUUCAGUAUACGAGGCACAUCUUCCUCACUCUUAUGAUACGGCCAUCUCGACAAGCGUCAACUACACAGGAGUCAUGAUACUCGCAGCUUUUGUCUCUGACCCUUAUGAUCUUUAUGUCAAACCCUGUGCAGUCGACAACAACAGUUUCUCCAGACCGUCUGCCGAGGAUGCGCGAACAGCUAUAAUGAGGCCAACUAGGGCAAGAGAGGAGACAAUCUCAACACCUGAGCCACCCAAGACCUCUGAGGCAUUCCCUCCUAUCCCUCCUACCAAGAAGAUCCGGACAGCCAGACCGCCCGAGAGCCCUCCGGAGCCUCGGAAGGCAAAGUCCGAAAGAAACGACAGCGGCAGCAGCACUAAUAAAGAGAAGUUCCAGUUUAUCCAACCCAGCAUCCCGGACGACUUCCAGAGAAAACUCACUGAACCUCGCAGACGGGGUCGUCCUCGCCUCCUCCGUAUGCCUGUCGAUACAUCCGCAUUAACAUCGACACAACCAAUAUUAUCACAGGCGCAGAUACCAUAGUGUCAACAAGGGCCGUACUAACAGCGGUCGCGACAGCAGCCUUGCCUGCAUGGUCUCACAUGCAGUUCAGUCCAAUCGCCGAGGAACCUCACACAUUGGACCAGCCAGGAGCCGGAUACAGUUUCUCUGUGCCAUUCGUGUCACCGUCCCCCCAUCAGGUCCUUUGCUAUCUCCCUCUCGCCUUGGUACUCCGAAUUGACUACGUCGACUUACUUUGUCAUCAUCACUACUCUCGGCUGUCGCGGCUGAUACCAAUUCGCAGACUGUUGG